AUGCGGGCGAAGAUCCAAGGCGUCACUCUGGAUGACUGCGAGGGCUCGGGCGACAUGAAGUUGCUAGUCGUUCACAUGCUGCGGAAUGCCCUCGACGAUUUCCAGAAGUUCAGGUAUUUGGAGGUCGUGCCGUGGCGCUUCGCAAUGGCCGACGAUCCAGGCGAUGCUCGCGAAGUACUCCGCCAAGUCGGUCUUCGGCCAUUGGCGGACCACGACCCAGUGACGAGGCAGAUAUUCAAUGCUUUUGGCGACGACUUGAGGGCCUUAGCCGACGGCGCCCCCUGCUCGCCAGCAUUGGCUGCAGAGUUGCGGGCCCUGCGGAAUUGCCCGCUGGAUGAGCCCCCAGGCGAGGGUUGGCACAGACACGCGAGCUAUGAAAAGCAUCGGGCAACGUGCACGAGGCUGCUGCACAUCAAGGCGUCGAUCAGGCUGAAGGAAAACUUGGCCAAGGUGAAGCAGUUCGUCCUGAAGCAUAAGUCUGCUGGGCGGGCCGCCGUGGAGUACGAGUGGCGCCAUUGCAAGAGAAUACUGCAGGUGCACACGCGGAGGGCUAAGCAGAAUGUCCGGAGUAGAUCGACGAGCGUCCACCACAAGAUUUACAGGAUGGAUGAUGCAGUGACCGACGACUGGGGCAGCUUGGUAGAGGUGUGGGUGGCGUCUCCUGCGGCGCCUGUCGUCGUGCCCGCGAUUGGCUCCGAGCUGCUUCGCAAUGAAUUUGCGCUUGCCACGUUCACGCCAGGCUCGGUGUUCAGCGUCGCCGGCACGAGAUUCUUCCAGAUCGUUCGGAAGACCACGAGCAAAUCGCGCCCCCACCUCGUGCCCACGGUGGAGGAUGCCGACGACCUCAAGCUGACGUCUCCUCUGGUGCUCUACAUUCAAUCCUUGGAGAUAUGGCGAGAUAAUCGUGAUCGCAGUGGCGGCUUGGAGCUCUACUCGGAUUGCGACCCGAUGUGGGUGUUGCCGAGUGACGUAGCACCUGGCAACGCAUUGUUCAGGAGCGUGCAGCGGUGGACGGUCGUGAGUGCUAGCGAAGCG